UAAGAUAAUAAUGUCUGUUUAAUGCUGUCACGGCAUGUAACUGGUAAGGCUACAUAAGAAUUAUUAGCUCAUACCGUUGAGAGAUCCACAAGCUCAAAGUCCAAGCGUGGUGGUCUACGGUGCGUUUGGACUGCUCACUAAUAUACCCAACGCAACUCUGCCUCGCGGAUAGAGAUUAACGCGCUGCGUCCUCCGACAUACCUCUUCAUCUUUCAGUUUAUACCCGAAAAUAAAUCGACAGCUGGGUAAUGAGUUGUGGAUUAUUUGGAUCUGUUAAUUCAGUCCCGGGAGCCCUUAUUCGUCCGUAAUUUUGAGAGGGUACCAUGGCUGACCUUUAGGAGCUGCUACUUUACAGAGGCAAAUGACUCAGUUUCAGCAGAACUCAGGUUCUUUCCUGGCUGGGUUUAUGGUCAGACUGGAGUCCUGGCACUCCCAUCCAGGUUCAAAGAACACACUACCUUCCAAAUGCUCAGACUGGUUGCGAAUGAGAAGCCCUCCGAAGCUGAGGGUGUGUGUGUAUGAGGUGUGGAAAGUGAUCGCCCCUAUCAUAUACUUCGGUGGUGCCGUGGUAGCCAUGGUUCUGUUCUCCCUCACUGACAAACUGCAUAGUUUUGUCAGUCGAAUCUUCAUCCCUCAGUACCACUAUCCCUAUGCAGUGCCUCUCACUUUCAUACAGGUGCUCAUUGUUCUGUUGGCGCUGCUUGCACUGCACGGUGUGGGUUUACUCCAUCUAAAGCCCUUCUCUUUGCCCCUGGCAGAGCGUCUGCUGGUACCUGCUGUUUGUGGCAGCGCCCAGGCGGUGCUGGCACUGUGGGCAGAGGCCAGUGGCCACUCAGGUCUUUACCCUCUGAUUGGCCGUCUCCUUCCACUCCUCAGCCUGGCCUUCGGACAUCUGUUAGCAAUACACACACCUGCCUCUGCCUCCGUUACCUGCCUGGUCACAGCUGUGACUGUGGCCUCUGUCAGCAUCACAGUGUAUAACGGUAUGUAUGCAGUGGAAACUCUGGAGUGGCUGUACUCUCCACUGAGUCUGAUCUUACAUACCAUAUCCCUCGUCUGGCUCGUUAAGGUGGCCCAGUCUGAGAAGCUGCACACCUCUCCCUUUGACCUUUUUUACACUUUAACCGUUAACCGCACCGUGCUGCUGGCUGUCUUAUGUCUGCUGCACCCUGACAGCUCCAGAGCUGUGACAGAUGGCAACUGGCACAGUCUGUUGUUCCUGGGAUAUAUGCUUGGCAUGCUUCUGCUGGGGGCUUUACAGCUCCUCCUAGUGGACAUGGUGGCACUGCGGUUCUCUGUGUUGCCAGCCACCCUCUUGCACUCUGCCCGUGGCCUGCUACAGCCGUUCUGUAGUAUGUUAUAAACAUAUAACUCAGACAAGCUUAAGAAGAUAUGAAGAUGAAAAUAAUGAAGGAUGCCCAUUCACAGACUCAUCACAGUGGGGUCAAGUGACAACAUACCCAAGGAGUCCAGUGACGAUCCAGUGAUGAUCCCGAGGACUCCAAUCAGGAAUGUGCUACAAGGCAUCAGUCAAUCAAAAACAAAUUUAUGAAUAAUCCAAACAGAUAUAGAGAGGUAAUCUUGUAUGGUCAGACACUGAAAUGUGUGUGAAAUCUUUUUUUUUUUUGGUAUUUGCCAAUUAGUCGGGAUAACAAAAUGCAGUUGAAUUAGCACCAGAAAAAAACAAAAACAACAACAAAAAAAAUGCUAGAUAGUUCUUUUUAGGUUUUCAUUUAUGAGUGUUGUCCAUGAGGUUUUAAAAAUCUGGAUAUCUCAACAGGCACAUUCUUCUCCAUGGACAAACUACAAAUCUCCAUUAAUACGCCAUCAUCUCCAACUAAUAUAACCUAGUUUAAAAAAUUAGAAAAAAUAAUUAAAAAGUUGCAUUAUACAGAUCUAAACUGCGAGAACUAUUAAGUCUACAGAUCACAAACUAAAUAGUAUUGUAAAUGCAUUUACAUAAAAGCACUGAGUAUUAAUGCACUUCCAUGUCAGACUGUUUUCCUAUAUAAAAUAAGACUAGCCAGGAACUAAACUUAUUUUGGAACAGAAAAAUUGUACUCAGAAUAAUCUAGGCUUAAUUGCAGUGUAUAGGGAUUCAAUAGGGAGGCAUUUCUUCACUGCUGGCAGGGAGAAUGCUCUGGAAAUUUAAUCUUACAAUUAGUCUUCUUAAUCUAUGAUGCAUCUAGAACAUUUCCUCAGAUACAUGGUUUAUACGUUUUCCACAACACACAUUUGGGGCAUGAUCAGAGAGUGACCAGAUGAGAGUUGAAUCAUCUUCAAACUCAAAAUGAUGGUAAAGAGUAUCUCACUCUUGCUGUGAAAACUUAUGUGUGUUGAGUCAUUGUAAUUUAAGUUGUAAUUUAUUGUUUGUUUUUGUAUUGCAGGACAAUUUCCUCAGCUCACUUGCAUUCAUUUUGAUAAUUUAUGGGCAUAUGUGAUAAGAACUUUAUGUAUAGUGCAUUAUGUACUAAAUAAAUGCUAAUUUAAUCAA